AUGACCGAUUCCAUCGACGAUGUUAUGGAUAAAACAGGCAGUAUUUAUAAUAAGAAGAGAAGGGUAGCGAAAAGAGCUUGUUUGGCAUGCAGGGAAAAGAAGAUCAAAUGCGAUGGUGAAAUGCACCCUGGUCCCGAUGGUGGACCCGGAAGGUGUACAAAUUGCGCAAACACUGGGGGCACAUGCGUCUUUGUUGCUAGCAAUAGAGGGGGUAGAAGGGUUUUUGGUAAAAUGAAACACCAGCAACAGCGACAAAACUCUCCUACAUCAACAUCUUCCUACUCGAGAAGGGACUCCGGUCACAAUAGCUCGGUUAGUAGUAAUGCAUCCUUUACGGCCCCAAAUACAGUGGUGAGUAGUAGUGCUCCAAAGCUCGUUAACUCGUCGACUUUGAAUGCAUCUGGUGAAAAUCCUGCAAGUCCAGCACCCAAUAGUGCUACUACUACGAAUAAUAAUAAUAAUAAUAAUAAUAAUAAUAAUAACAAUAAUAGUAAUAAUAAUAAUAUUAAUACAUCGCCUUCAGCCAGCAUUCAAUCCAUACCUACCCCUACUAGUCAUAUCCUACCAUUUCCGCCUCUUGAAAAAAAUGGACAGUUCAUCAUUGAACGACGUGCGCUUGGUGCAAACCCAGCUAUAAAUUCAAAAGAUGAUUCUGGUAAUCAAAAUGAAUAUUAUAAAAACCCUCUCAAUAAUUAUGGAAUUCCAAAGCAAGUUCAAUACCAUGGUAUUUCAAUGCCAGGUUUUAUGUUGCCUGUCAACAAUGCAGAAAAUAACAACAUGUAUCAGAAUGCAGUACCAGGACAAAAAUUGUAUGAUGGUGUCCAUAUCCACACAAUUUACAACCAAUAUCCACCAAUGACGUCAUUUCUACCAAUUCAACAUGCUGGAAAUGUGAAUAAUGUGAGUAGUGUCGGAGUAAUGCAGAAUAGAAAUUAUGGUCCGAAUCCAAACAUGUCUGCAAUCCCCUUAGUUAAUCCGACUGUUAAUCUUCAAAAUGGACAACAUAAUAGCGCAUCGCCUAUACAAAUGGGUAACUGGGUAAGCCCAGUUGGCCCUAGGAACAGAGGAAAUUCUAUAUCCAUACCAAGUCCCAACACCCAGGGUGAUUUGAAAGAUGAUAACGCUGUGGCGGAUCCUCAUACGAAGAAAAUUUCAGAAAAUACCAAUACUAUCCCAAAAGAUCAUGUCGUUACAGAGAAAUCAGAUGGUUCUUCUAACGAACUUUCCCCCGUUGCAAAUAUUGUUCAAGAAUCAUCAACUGUAACACACCCUUCUUUGAUCAAAGUAGCAUCGCCUCUUUCGGAUCGACAAUCCGAGAAGUAUUGUUCGGCAUCAAAUCCAUCCCAAGAAGAACAACAAUUUCAUGUUAUUCAUGAUUCAAUGAUUCAUGCAAGACAUUUUCCCAAUUUCCCUUCAGUUUCUACCGCUCUUGUUCUAGUAGACUUAUUUUACGAUUAUGUUCAUUCCAAAAUUAAUAUUCUACAGCCGAAAGAAGAGCAAAUAUACGUCGUGAUCUCAAGAAUGGAUAUCAGUUUAACUUAUGCCAUAUUUUUAUGCGCAAUGCCCUAUAUUCAUAUGCAAAAGAAAAAUGACAAGCGAAAGGUAGAAUCACUUCCAACACCUAAAGAGUGCCUCAGAAUUAUAUCUGAAAACUGGGAAGACUUGGAUUAUUUACAGUCUUUACAGACUCUUAACAUAUUGGUGUACUAUUUCACUUGCAUCAAAAUAGAUAAAAUAUCUGUCACAGCUUACCUUGAUAAGCUAAUAAAAACAAUAGCUUACAGUAAUGUGGUUAGUGAAUAUCGUACUUGUUCGGAUCUAGCUGAAUUGUUUGAAAUCUCCACAAUAAAAACUUUGGUACAGAGCAGGCUUCUUCUAAUGAACCUCUGGGUAGGAUUUUCCCAACUGUGUCAUGUAAGGUUCUUUUUCAUGGAUCAUAACUUACUUCAUGAUUCUCUGAACUUAUUGUGUUCAACUGAUGAAAGAUUAGAAAAUCGUAUCUUGCCAUUCGGCUUGCUAAUUUUCUUUUGGUAUAGAAAAAAUAAGCAGCAAGAUUUCCCAGAUGAAAUUCCAGCAUUGGCAAAAUCUAGUGAAGAUACUAAAAAGCUAUUUUUGCUUCACUUAAAGGACUUAGAGGAUAAUUUUACCCCUGAUGCAAUGUCGUCAUCUCUAUACCAUUUCUACUUAUGCAAAAUAUUCCAUGAUUGGAGAAAUAAAAAGCUAAGCAACUUUACGGCUUUGAAUAAAGUGGAUACACUAGAAACAUCAGUUCAGGGUAAACUUUUUGAAUUGAAAAAUGACAAAACAGUAAUGCUAAUUAAUUGGGAUGUUUUGAACACAUUGUCUAUCUCAGAGAGUGUGAAGUUAACAUUGAGGGAUACUCCACCAACGCUCGAAAUUUUGCAUUUUGAUGUGUUUGCACCUGAAAUAAAAUUCAUUGAAAUUUCAGAAUUGGAUGCUGCAGUCGCAAAAAAGAUUCCUCUCUUUGAAGCUUUCUAUGUAAUGCAAUGUUUCCAAAGUUUACUUCAGGUUUUGGAUAUUGUUGCUUUAAUCGAAAUAGCUCUCGGAAAGCUUCCUGUUUGCACAUCUGGUGUGCAACAAGUUCGUUAUGUCACGAUGUCUUUAUUUGAAAAAUACUCUAAUGACAAUAAACAGGGGAACGUAUUGGGAGAUGAUAGUGCUGGUGUGCAGACGGAUAAACUAGAUGAUGACACUUCAAGAUCAUUGCAAGAGUGCGAUUUGGAUUUUAAUGAAAGAAAGGUACAAUUAUGGAUGAAGUACCCUACAGUUUUUUAUGGUCUCGUAAGAUUUGCCCUUCCAAAGUUAUUAAAUUACAUUGUUUUUUUCAAAUUUAUGAAGUUUGUGCCAUUUGAUAAUAAAUGCGCUUUGGUAUAUGCUAAUAAAUCACUUCUCCUUGAUGAAGGGCAAUUUAAUUUAAAAAACUUGCUGGCAAGAGCGAAGGAUACUAUGUACUUCGGUGGUGCAAAUUUAUCUGAUAGUGAACUUUUAUCGAAGUUAGUUUCUACUCUCGAACUUGCUUAUUUGAAAGAGAAAUUAAAUGUUUUAAUAGAGUUUACUAAAAAUGUCAGUUCCGUCAUGGAUUCGAAGGAGCAAAUCCACAAAAAUCUUCAAGAUUUAGAGCAAUAUAUCAGUGAUAUUCUGGGUUUUGCCUUUUAG